AUGAAUGUUACCGAUCUCUCUUUUGGGAUUGUGAUGCUACUGCAGUUCAGCAUUGGGAUCUCAGUGAAUAUAUUUCUACUCCUAUUUUAUACCCGCAUGGUCUCCACCAGCCAAAAGAUCAGUUCCUCAGACAUGAUCCUCACCCAGCUAGCCUUGGCCAACGCCGUAAUUCUUCUCACCAGUGGGAUUCCAGAGACCAUGUCAGCUUGGGGUUGGAGGAACUUCCUGAAUAAUGUUGGUUGUAAAAUUCUCGUGUACCUCGGACGGGUGGCUCGAGGACUUGCCAUCUGCACCACCUGCCUUCUGAGCAUCUUCCAAGCCAUCACUAUCAGUCCCGGCACCUCCAGGUGGGCGAGGGUCAAAGCUAAAUUACCUAAAUGGAUCCUCCCCUCCUCUGUCCUCUCCUGGGCCUUCAAUCUGCUGAUAGAUGUUAAUUCGCUGGUAUUUGUGACGGGCCCUCAGAACGGCAGCGCUGUACGAAUGGUACUGGACCUCAAAUAUUGUAUUAAAGUCAUCGACAGUGCAGAGACCACCCUGCUGAUUACGGUUGUGCUUUCGCUUCGCGAAGUGUUCUUCGUGGGGCUCAUGAGUGCAGCCAGUGGGUACAUGGUGUUAAUCCUGCACAGGCACCACAGAAGAGUUCAGCACCUUCACGGGCAGAGCCACUCCCCCAGGGCAAUGCCCGAGGUCAGGGCAGCCAAAAAAGUCAUUGCCCUGGUGACUCUCUACGUGCUCCUUUACGGGCGACAGACCAUCAUGCUGAGUAUUUUGCUAAACGUUAAAGAGAAGUCUCCGGUGUUUAUGAGUAGCCACAUGAUGUUGUCCUUCACCUUCUCCGUCAUUAGUCCGUUCCUCAUGAUUCACAGUGACAGGAGAAUGAGGACAUUCUGGAAAAGGGAAUCUCCUGCUGUGGGCACAGAUCCCUCCUAG